AAUCAAAUAUUUUCUGGCUAGGGAAACUCUAGACUUUUGUAGCUGUAAUUUUAGGCGAUUUUGAAGCGUUUUCAUUUUUGUUUUGAUGCUCACAAUUUCAACGUGAAACAGACAAGAACGCCAAACGGAUAUAUAGGCUACAUUCGCCCAAAAGUAUAUAGACAGAUUCCCGUUAUAUAUAUUCCCAGCGAAUACGGUAAACUGGGCUAUUUUCAUAUUGCGAGAUGACGACGCGCGGCAUACGGCGUAAAAAGUCAACGCUGACAGAGUUGAAAAUCGCAGUUAUUGGCGCGCCCAGUGUUGGAAAGAGCGCCUUAAUUGUGCGUUUCCUAACAAAGCGUUAUAUAGGCGAAUACGAUCAUCAGACUGAGAAUCGCUACAAGCACGAGUCCAUGGUGGAUGGCGAGCCGGUGCUCUUCGAAAUACUCGACACAUGUCCCAAGGCCGAAGAUGAAUAUCCCAAUGCUGCCGAGCUGAUACAGUGGGCCGAUGGCCUGCUGCUCGUCUAUUCCAUAACCGAUCGCAAGAGUUUCAACUAUAUACGCCGUGCCAAAUCCGAUCUGCAAUCGGAUACGCCCGUUCAGCUGUGCGCCAACAAGGUGGACAUGGUGCAUCUGCGACAGGUUAGCCGCGACGAGGGCGAAAUACUGGCCAAAGACUUUGAGUGCAAAUUCAGUGAGGUCUCCGCCGCGGAUCAUGUCGACCAGGUCGCCGAGGUAUUCAAUGACCUCUGCAAGGAGGUGCUCGCCUGCAAGCGCAAGUCCAAGCAGAGCCUACUGGAGCGCAUGCUCGGCGGCACCCGACCCUACAGCAGAGGAAAGAGCGAUAGCAAUUUGCCAAAAGACUGAUAUCAACAUUUGUUUAAAUAAAAUAUACUCAUUUUUAUUAAAAGUUAAA